AUGACUAUAUUCGAUGCUCACUGCCAUGUCAACAUCGUCGACAACCGGCCGCUGACAAAAUAUCGGGACGAUGGGACGGAUCCAAUUGCCACUUAUAGUUUUACCCUUUUUGAUAGACGGGGACCAGAAUUCACCCAAAAACGACGUCUCUGUCUUCGUGGGAACGAUGUGAAAUACAAAGAAUUGCACAUUUCCCAUCUCUACGAUUCAAAAAUGCAAUCACAAUUCGAACGGGCUGGAAAUGGACAUGAUGUGACAGUAUCCCCGAUAACGGCCACAACGUUGCUGUCUUAUAUGAACCUUCAAGCCAUCCGGAUACAAGUCCGAAAACAGUGCAAACGAGAGUCCAAACGGAUUGAGGAUGACUUUUUUGAGAAUUGCCUGCGAUCCCUCCUCCUCUGCUCGAAGAACAUUCUGUUUCCAUGGCAACUUGGUCAGAAGUCCCUAUUCAAGUUAUCCAGCCUUCAGAACCUUCAAAAUCUGAUUCUGGAGAAUAUGACAACUUUUGAUCCUCGAUUUCUAAAAUUGCCCACUAGAAAUUUGGCAAGUUUACAAUUUCGACUAGAUCCCAGACAUCGAAUGGAGUUGGAUCAACUGCAAGUGUCUCCGAUAGAUGCAGGUUCCCUUCUAAAGACUCUUUCCGCGGCAUCUGUGUACCGGUUGGAUUUCUCCGCGUAUUCUGAAGUUGCUCAAGUGGUGACAUCCAUUGAUGCAGUGGAUAUGUGUUAUUUUAUAGAGAGCUGGCACUUUUCCCCCAAACCAUGGAUCAUUAAAGGCAUUUCAUUCAAUUCUCAAGUCUCCAUUGACGAUUUUCGAUUGGCAGCUUAUAAGAUUUUGCCGUCGAACUUCGCUAUACCAUUUCCGUACUGCCGUUUUCAAACCUGUCAUCGAAAAUCAAUUGAUAUUGUGUUAGAAGUGGCUUGUUAUGCGAAUGGGACCGCAACCCAGUGGAUAUUCCGUACCGGUCAUUUGAAUUCUUGCUGA